GGGCACAGGUGGGUGGCACUGGUGGGCACAGGUGGGUGGCACUGGUGGGCACAGGUGGGUGGCACUGCAGAGUGGCACAGGUGGGGGCACUGCUGGGCACAGGUGGGGGCACUGCUGGGCACAGGUGGGGGCACUGCUGGGAACGGGUGGGCGGGGCUAGUGGGCGCACUGCUGGGCGGAACUUGCGGGUGUCACUGCUGGGCACCGAUCAUCAGGGCACUGAUCAUCAGUGCCCUGAUGAUCGGUGCCGAUCCCCGCUCUGACAACUGCCGGUUCUCGGCAGUACUUUCCUCACGAUCUGACAGCGUGAGGAAAGUGCAGCCGAGAACCGGCACUUGC